CAUCAGACCUAUUUAUCUAUAGCAGCAGCUCGUCAGUACAAAGCGGGCCAUGAGUCACGGCAGCAGAGCCCCUGACUCAAUGCUGCUUUGGUUAAUCAGUAACCAGAGUGGGAGCACCGUGGGAGUCUGGCUGGGUUAAAGUGAGGGAGCAGGGGAGUCAGGAGCUCACUCAGCAGCAGAAGACACACACGAAGGAAUCGUUUCAAGGUGAAGACCAACAAAAGCUAAAAUGCAGAGAUCGCCUCUUCUCCUCCUGCUAUGCUGCCUGACAGCGAGUCAGGCCAACCGCGUCUACAUUCACCCCUUCAACCUCUUUGCUGCCGACAACGUCAUCUGCGAGACCCUGCAGACCAAGCCAUCCAAGCCCCUGGAGACCGUUCCCGUGAGCCCCCUCGAUAUUGAGGUCCUGACACCAGACAGCAGGGACCAGAUGGAGCUGGAGGCACAGAGGCAGAACAUCACUGAGAGGACAGCGGUUCUGGCACACCUGUUAAACACUCUGGGCCUGAGAAUGUACAAGGGCCUCAGCCUCAAAGAGCAAAGCACCAACACACUGCUCUCUCCCAUCAACACCUACGGGACGCUCGUCACUUUGUACCUGGGAGCUUCCAAGAAGACAGCAAGCAAGUUCCAGCUUCUUCUGGGCCUGAACAGCGGCACUGACCGAGUAGACUGCGUGUCUCUGGUGGACGGACGCAAGGUUCUCAAGACACUGCAGAUUAUCAACUCUCUGGUGGACGAUGGACCCAAGGAUGAAAUCACCACGCAGGUCUGGGCCUUCACUCGUCAGGACGUUCAGCUGUCCGAGGUCUUUGUUGGGGGCACGCAGGACUUCUCGGACACAUCGUUCAUCCGCAGCCUGGACUUCUCCAAACCUGAGGAGGACAAGCAACUGGUGAACGAGUUUGUGGAGAAGACGUCGGACGGGAAGGUGAAGAGCGUCUUUAAAGAGCUCAACUCCAGCAGUGACCUUCUGUUCGUCACCUCCUUCAACUUUCAAGGCAGCUGGAGGACAGCCUUCCAGCCGGAGAACACCUCCCUGCAGGAGUUUCAGGUGGAUGAAACGACAACAGUGAUGGCUCCGCUGAUGACCCACACGGGUCAGUUCUUCUACCUGAAUGAUAAGAUGCAGCAGUGCACUGUUGUGAAGUUGUCUCUGAGCAAACGGUCAUACAUGUUGCUGGUCCUGCCUCACGAAGGGGCCAAGCUUCACGACAUUGAGUCCAAGCUGCACACAGACGUCAUCUCUGGCUGGCACCACAGUCUCCAGGAGGGUCUGUUGGAGCUGUCGCUGCCAAAGUUCUCCCUGUCGUCUGAGAUUGAUCUGCAUGACCUGCUGACCAAAAUGGAUCCAGAAAUCGAGGCCGAACUCUUGGGCUCCCUUGCUGAGUUCAGUCAACUCAGCAACACCAAACCCUUCACAAUAAAUAAGGUGGUGAACAAGGUUGUGUUUGAGAUGUCGGAGGAAGGAGCAGAACCUCAGGAGAAGGUACAAGAAGCGGGCGUCCCUGUGAAACUCACGAUCAACCGCCCGUUCUUCUUUUCUGUCAUAGAGGGAAAUUCUAACGCCAUCCUCAUGCUGGGCAAGAUCACAAAUCCUACACUUUAAAGUUGUGUAUUACUCCAAACUAACGGACUUAAAAAAACAUCAAACAAACCCGACACAUUUCCUUAUGAUCCACUUUGUUCUGCUCAAGAUGAAUCAUGUUCUGCAGAGUUGAAAUUUCCUUUCACCACCUCAUCCUCUCACCGAGUCAGUAUUUAUGAAAACCUGUUACUUCAAGCCGAGUUGUUUUCAAGCAGCCUGUUAAUUUGUUUUUCUUUAAAUUUGAUAGCAGAGUUCUGUACAGUGUUUUUAAGUAGAGUUGGUACAGGAACCACAAUUCUCAAGACUAAUACAUUGUAUAUUGUAACUAAAGAGUUUAUUUUUGUUUUGUUAUGGUUUAUGAUUGCUGAAAUAAAACAUUUGUUUCCCAAUGUAGUUGAUCCGUCAUUUGUUAGAGUUUCAGACUGAACAGUUUUAAAUGAGUUUUAUGUCAACAUCCAUCACAUCUAAGAAGGUCAGAGGCCUGCAACACGGAGUGAUGCUGCACUACAGGUCAUUGAACCUGAGGCCAGAUCUGAUUUUUCAUAACAACAUGGUUUAAAUUCCAAUCAGAUGUGUUUGUGGUUUAUCAAUCUGUAGCAUUUGUUUCAGUGAAAUCAAUAGAAAACCAUCAGUCCCCUAUCAUUCAGUGAAACUGCAUCACACUGCACACAAUCAUAGUUAUCAUUGUGAAUACGGCCGACUGUUCGCAUCAAGAUCCAUUAUUUAUUCCCUGGGAAAUUGGUGAGAAUUUUAUAAAUAAAAUUCCUGGAUCUGCCCCCUGAAGUAGAUCCACUUCAAACUUUAAAGGGUUCUUCCACCAUCUGUACUGCAUCAUUCAACCAAGUUUCUU